GCAGAUCACGAGAGACGCUCACGCCACCUGCCAAUUUCAAUCUCACUCACCGUGCUUCAGGUAUCGCGCCUUUUGCCUACUGCCAAUGCCGGAGCAACACCGAUGGUUGGAUAUUUGACCGCCCCUACCAGCCCUCCUCACCAAGCUCACCAAGGCGUGCAGCCACCCCGCCCCGGCCUCCCUCCAACACCGCCACCACCUUUGCAACCAUCGCCAACACCCCUCAUUUCAAUUUGGAAAUCCCCCAGACGUGUGCCGACAGCCGAGCUUUGCUGUCAUGUUUGCCAUAUACCGAUUGUUUUUGUCUUGUUUUCCCUUGGUAUGUAUCACAUUCAAGACGCUGCAGAUCCAACUCGCCAAACCAGGCAGCUUAACCGAUUUCGUACAACGGCCCAAACAUGUUCAUUUCAUCUUGUUUUCAUGCGUCGGGGUUCCGCGUCUCCGCGACUUUUAUUCCCGCAUGCCAUGUGGUUUUCGGUAGUUCGAGUGCCUUUCUGUCCGUCGAAGCAUCGGUUGCGAUAGCCCCAGUCCGUCGACGCUGGAACCCAAACUAUUGAAUGGCUUGCGACUAGCUCUGAGCUUGCAUGAGCUUGCUGCCAACAACCAUCACUU